CUUACUAUUUUGUAUAAAUGUCAACUCCACUGAAAAAAAAGUCAGAGCCUCUCUUCCUUCCUUUCCCGACCUGCUCUCCGCUUCUAUUGCUGUGGUCGGAGCGCGGCGGAUGUUCCUGAUGGCGGAGAUGGAAGACGACGACUGGGACCUGAGCGCAGUGGUGCGGAGCUGCCGGCCGUCCGGGGAGGCGCCGGCGACGAGGAACAGCCUGUGGGAGUUUCCACAACCCUUAGAGCAUCUCUGGGUGAUGGCGGACGAGAAAAUAGGUGCUUGUAUAAGGAUAUCGGAAGCAUUCGAGAGCCGGAGUGGCGUCUUGGCGAAAGAAGGUGGCUCUUUGUCGCCUCUCUCCGCCGCUGUUCUGAGCUCUGCCGCCAUGGUGGAGCCAAAGUCAAACCAACCACCACUCCACAGAAAAGUGGACCGGCCAGCUUCCCAAAUUUCCCGCUCCAGGCGAAGGAAAAACAGACAGAAGAAGGUGGUGCGCCACGUCACCGUCGCCGGGCUCUCCUUCGACAUGUGGGCAUGGCGGAAGUACGGGCAGAAGCCCAUCAAAGGCUCGCCUUAUCCCCGAGGAUACUACAGGUGCAGCAGCUCCAAAGACUGCGCCGCCCGGAAGCAGGUGGAACGGAGCCGGACGGACCAGGAGGCGUUCAUAGUCACCUACACCGGCGAGCACAAACACCCCAAGCCCACCCACCGAAAUUCCCUGGCCGGAAGCACCCGCCCUAAGCUUCCCACAACCCCUGCAGCCAACCAUGAAGCAAGUCCUCUGUCCACGACCACCGCGCUUGAGCUCUUACCUACCGCGCCUCUCUCCGACUCCACCCUCCUACGGCAAAAUAAAUGCAGCGAUGAAGGCGAGGAGGAGGAGGAGGAGGAGGAAGAGGAGGGAGAGCUACUGGUGGAGGACAUGGAGAUGAUGGGCGAGGACGACUUGCUGUUUAUGAGCUCGGUGGAGGGUGCCGAUUGGUCUCCGACAGCGGAUAUGGCAGCGUUAUUGGACGGCGACGGUGGCGUUGGCGAUCCCCUAUUUCCUCUACCAUUUUGCAGUCAUCGAAGGGUCCAACAACCCAACCACUACUGCCGGUGAGCUUUCCUAGCAGAGAGAAGAUUUGAGGGAAGGAAACAGUUGUCAAGAACAUGCGAU